GCCAAUAAUACAGUGGUCGAAAACGAAUGUACAAUGGCGCCAUUCUCUCUCUCCCUGUUCACACGCACCUCUCGCUCUCUACCAACACUCGCAUCCCUCCAGCCUCCGAAGCAUACAUCUUUCUCUCAAAAAUGCAGCGCCAAAAAUCGAUUGAUUCAUUUUUUUACCAAACCCUCGCAGGGAAAUGAGAAUUCCGGCGGUUCUUCUCACGCCGAGAUGCUUAUCCGGCUGCGGAAAAUGCAGUUCCCUACGAAUCGAGUGAAGCAAACCUCAGCUGUUGCGAAGGUGUCUAGUGUUUCAAAUGAGAGGGAGUUUCCAUUUGUGGAAACAAAGGGUCCAGAUACGCCACCUGAGAAAUUGCACGCUCGGCCUGUUAAUUUAUCCGUGAACGGAAAUAGUGAUUCUAUGCCUUUUGAGAAAUUGAUGCAAAUUUUUUUAGUGGAAGAUGAACCAGAAGUCGAUGGAAAAGGGUCAAUGAAACAGAUGGGAAAAGGUACUGUUAGUUCAAAGCCAAAAUUGCAACCAACUUUUGAUGAGGACAUUGGUUUAUCAAAGCAGAGAACUCCCUUUAGGCCCCCAUUGAAGAUUGGUGCUAGUAAUUUAUGUGCUAAUAUUUAAAAUGGUGGUUCUCAAACUACUGAAACUACUCCUGAAGGCAUAGAGACUCCACCAGAAAAAUUGCUGGCACGGCCUCGUUCCAGCAGGUUCUUCAAAAAGGAAGAAAGUAAUUUUGUGUCUCUUGAAAGUUUAAUGGGCAAGUUUGUAGUGGAAGAUGAACCAGAAUGGGAUGAAAAAAGAUAUAUUGGGAGUAAACCUUAUUUUUAUUGUAAUUCAUGCUUUAUUUUCAAAAUACUAAACCUUUCAACAUUUACCCAUCUGCAACUACUCUAACUCAAGUCCAUGUCUUUUUUAUGGGUAUUUUGAAAUUAAAUCAAAAUAUAUCGGUAAAGUGUUUGUUCAUGUACUUUUGUCAAGAAAAUAAAAAACGUUAAAUUGUUCAUCUCUAUGGAAUUUAGUAAUUUUCCUUUUUUCUUUUUUCUUUGAUAUUUGUUUUUGCAUGAUCUGGAGUUAAUUACAUGUGCUGUUCAUUCUGACAAGGCGUGGAGUAUUGUCACAUAUAUCUAAUGGAUUUCUGUUUUAUUCUAGUUCAUUCUGUUUUGUUGUUUUCUUAUGUCAUUAUUUACCAUGAAACUAAAAUUGACUUCAGUGUGUACUUCUAUUUAACCAUGUGCUUCCAUAUUGCUGUUUUGUCAUGAUUUUCUUCCUUAUUGUAACCUAUCUUAAGUUACUAAUAUUGUUUUGGAAUAUACUAUAAGACCAUUUAUUUUUAGUACAAGGUGGUCACAAUUAAUCUUCACCAUUCGAUGUGAAAUUAGA